UGAAUCAAAUAUUGCACUGAGGUUUAUAAAAGUUAUAAAUAUCUGUCUACCCUUAUUGGUAUCUUUUUCUAUUAAAUAACAUAAAAUGAAAGAGUUAAAACCACUUUGCUUUUUGGUAGAAAGCCCUUUUCUAUUACCCAGUCCUCAUUCUUGUAUCAAAAACAUUUGGCCUAUAAUUUUGCUAUGAUAUCAAUGAGACUAACCAGUCUAUAAUUCGAAGGAUCAUCCUGAUCAAGCUUUUGCUAAAUGGGGACCACAAUAGAGACCUGCCAACCAGAUGGAAUUGGCAGGAAUUAUUUAUUUGGGUAAAUAAACUUGCAGAUAAGGGAGCUCACCAAUCAAAGUGACAUUACAAUAGGGGUAGAAAACGUUUCUUAGGAGACCUUCAGAAUGUGAAUGACUCCUCUAGUCUCUCAUUCAGUUCCUGGAGUCUAGGGUGGAGUAGUACAGGAGUACAGGCCAUCUGUAGAACAUUUUUUUGGAUCCUCCAGUCUAAUACAACUUGGGGCAGUAAAUAAUUGGAGGUAAUAGUCCUCUCACAUGGAGGCAGGUAUAGAGAUAUCCAAGGGGAAUCUACAUUCCUUCAAUGUUCAACCGAAUGCAAAAUCAAAAGCCUGUAAAACGAUAUGGAAAUAUAUACACCAUGAGUGUUGGACCUCAACUUCUAGUAGUGCUGUCUGGAUUCAAAACUGUGAAAGAAGUAAUGACCAGCUUCCCAGAGGAAUUCUCUGAUAGAUCAGAGGAUGCUUUCAUGACUGCUUUGGGGAAAAAAAUGGGUAUUGUUUUCUCCAAUGGCCACAUCUGGAAAGAGCAGCGACACAUCGGCAUCACUUCUCUGAGGAAGCUGGGCCUGGGGAAGAAGAGCAUUGAGCAUCAGAUAGAAGACACAGCUCAGACGUUGGUGGAAACAUUUAAAAAAACAAAAGGAAAGCCAUUUGACCCUUCAAUUCCAGUAAUAAAUGCAGUUUCUAAUAUCAUAUGUGCUUUGAGUUUUGGUCAUCAGUUUGCUCCUGAAGAUGAAAGCUUCCAGAAGCUAAUUCAAGCCAUUGAAAUUAUUGUGAAAUUCACUGGCAGCUUUUUUCAUAUGAUGUUUGUUGUCUUCCCACGAUUAAUCAGCUACUUCCCAGGGCCUCACAAGAAGGCCCUGGCUGCUAUGGAAUUGAUUGUGUUGUUUGCAAAGCAGAAAAUAGAGAAACACAAAGAAUCCAGCUCUCUGCAUGAGCCACAAGAUUUCAUUGAUCACUAUCUUCUUCAGAUGGAGAAGAGCAGGAAUGAUCCCAACUCUACCUACAAUGAAGAGAACCUGGCUCAGUGUAUUGUUGAUUUUUUUGCUGCUGGGACACAGACAACCUUGACUACUCUGAUGUGGGCACUGCUCCUCUUGACCAAUCAUCCCGACAUCCAAGAGAAAGUCCAGAAAGAGAUUGAAGAAGCCUUUAGUUCCUCGGUCUCAAUUUUCUAUCAGGAUCGGAAGAAGCUGCCCUACACCAAUGCCGUGAUUCAUGAAAUUCAGCGUUUAAAAUAUAUUUUGCUAUUUGGGCUUCCCAGGCAAAGUACAAAAGAUGUGACGAUGAAGAGUUACCACAUUCCAAAGAGGACCAUGAUUUUGGCAGACCUGCGCUCUGUUCUUCUUGACCCUGAACAAUGGGAGACGCCUGAAGAAUUCAACCCAAAUCACUUUUUAGAUAAGGAUGGGAAGUUCAUGGAACGAGAAGAGUUUCUGCCCUUUGGAAUAGGUGAACGCAUAUGUGUGGGAGAACAGCUGGCAAGAAUUGAGAUCUUCAUCUUUCUGACCAAUCUGUUGAGGGCCUUCAGCUUCCGAUUGCCUGAAGGAGUGAAAGAACUCAUUGAAACCCCUAUUGUAAAGGUGUCAAUGAAACCACAUCCUUACAAACUGUGUGCUAUUCCCACAACGGCUUAAAAUUAAACCCCAUAAAAAGCAUUAAAUUAUUACAGAAUAGGUAUUCAGUAUGACGAAUGUUUUCUCUGUACCUAUUCACUUAACAUUGUGCUUUGCUUCUAUUUACUCAAUACUGAAACUUCUUUAACCUAUUGCUGGGGUCACACAACAUACCUAACAAGGUCAACCAAUGAUUAUAUUUGAAAAAUGUUCUAACUAAUCUUAUCAUGCUUUAUCUUUGUUUCCUUUUGAAUGCCAAUAAAACAUAUUACU